AUGGAGCAGCAGGAUUCCCAGGACCAUCUCAGCCCCCUACACGACGCGCCUUCGGCCGCGCGCGAACGACUCGACUACAACGAGGCCCAGGGGACUCGACGACGGUCACGCAAGACCAUCAUCGACCGGGCGUCAAGCUCCAGCCGCCCGGAUUUCGAGCCCUCCGUGUCGUCGCCCCUGAGACAGCCGAGUUGGGAUCAAGGGAGCGUGCCUUCGCCGCCAAGGGGCUCACCAGUCGUCUCCCACAGCUACGACGACGGAUCACUUGCCGACGACGAGGAGGAGGAGCCCGCGACAUCACCUCCGCCGGGGCUUGAAAGAGCAUCUCGCCGCGGCCGCGCCCGCCGAGCCCGUUGGUACGUCGAACCAGCCCAGUCGCCCCGUGCUGCGCAGAGGCCAGCGUCUCCGAUACGCUUGCUUUCCGAAUCGUCAGAGCCAGACCUUAGAAACACUUCAUUUCCAUUCUUCACGCCGCAGGAGCCUGUCGGGUCGCCUGCGGGGUCAUCCGCGCCCAACGCCCGUCGGCCACGACAAGCCUCGCCGUCUCCCGUCACGCCCGUCGCCUACGACGCGUGGAGCGCCCUCGAGCCCGGACAAGUGCCCUUUGAGUUUGACGUUUCUCCAGAGGACAGCGACCAGCGACCAGCCGGGCCGCGCCCGGGCCGCAGCUCGGAAGACGCGCCGUCGAGGCGCCUGCGCAGGGGCUGA